AUGAAUUUUUAUCCAUAUAACAUAAGGGGUGGGGGAAUUCCUUCCAAAAAGAAGAGAAUUAGUUAUCUGAUCCAAUCUAAUAAAGUAGAGGUGUGCUUCAUUCAAGAGAUCAAAAUUUCCAGCUUUAAUGAUUCUUUAGCGUGUGACUUUUGGGGCAGUAGAGAUGUAGAGUGGACUGCUAGCAAUUCUGUUGGUGCUGCAGGAGGCAUGGUAAUUUUUUGGAGGAGAGGGUCUUUGUCCUUAAACUACAGCAUCAUUGGAAAAGGUUAUGUUUGUAUCAAUACAAAUUGGGAAGGGUUGGCUUAUAAUUUGGUGAAUGUCUAUGCUCCGUGUAGUAUGAAGGAAAGAAGGUUGUUAUGGAAUUCCUUGGUGGAAAAGAAGAGAUUGAGAGGUAAAGAGGAGUGGUGUGUCGGGGGAGAUUUCAACGAGGUUGUUAGUAGAGAAGAAAGGAAAGGUGAAGUAGGUUCCCGUUUCACAAAAGGUAUGGAGGAGUUCCGUAAAUUUAUAGAGCAAAUGGAUUUGGUAGACAUCCCGUGUGUAGGAGGAAAGUUCACUUGGUUCAAAGACAACGACAAGGCAAUGAGUAUAAUAGACAGGUUCUUACUUUCGAGGAAGUUGAUAGAUGAUUGGAAGGUGGAGGAGGAGGUGGACAAAUUAAAUGAUUUAGACAAGUUGAUUGAGGAGAACAUAGAAGGAAAUGUUGAGCAUUUGGUUCAAGCUAGAAGAGAAGCUUCUAGGGAGAUUUGGAAUGAUUUGAGUGUGAAAGAAAGCAUGCUCCGUUUGAAAUCAAGAAACUUAUGGUUGAAAGAGGGUGACAGAAAUUCUAAUUUUUUUCACAAUGCUAUCAAGGGAAGACAAAGACGUAACGCCAUUACAUCCUUGGAAGGAAAGGAAGGUAGAGUGGAAGGUGUAGAGAAUAUUAAGGAAGAGGCUAAAAACUACUUUCUCAACUUUUUCAAGGAAGCAGACCAUGAUAGACCGUUACCGGAGGGCCUAGCUUUUAGUUGUUUGAAUGAGAAUGAUGUGGCUUGGUUGGAGAGACCGUUUACGGAAGAGGAAGUGAAAGAAGCUGCGUGGUCUCAUGGGUUCUUAACACCUGAUGAAGGCCAAACGAAGCUCAUGGAAGUUAAAAGUUUAAAACUUGUUCAAUGGAGCUUAGGAACUCAAAGAUUUUAG